AUGGCAUCAUCCUCGUCUAUCAUCCCCCCAUCGGCCCUUUCCUAUGCGUCCCCGACCCUCGUCCCGGCUUCGACAUGGGCGCCCAUCACCAUUACCUCUGCUCAGGUCGUUCCGCUUGUGACCCAGGCUGUAGCAUCAGCCGCCGCUGACGUCGUCAUCAGACUCCAGGCAGACGUCUCGAUAUCUCAUUAUCGCGACUACUAUGAUGGUCCGGUCGAAUCGUUUCAGCCCAAGUACUAUGCUCUCGACGACGGCACGCUGCUUUCCGAUCGAUAUGUCAGGGGUCAGAGACUGGCGAGAGUAUGGCUUUGCAUUGCGGGCGCCCUGUGCAUCUUUUUCCUGCGGAAUACAUGGCUAGCACUAUCCUACAUUCGCAGGAGCAGAGUCAAAGACAAGACCCUCUUCUACCUGCUCCUUCUCAGCCAAGUCUUGGGUUUGUUGGCUGCCAUUACUACGACCGUUGGGGACCUCGAUAUGUCCGCCAAUUGUAACACAGUUGGGGCGGCUAAGAAGGUCUUCUCCAAGUUUUCCUGUGACACCAUGAUCACCGGAAUCCUUGGCAUGAAGGCCUACCGUUGUCUGAGCAACUCCCGCAUCAUUCUUGCGUUCUUAAUAUCCGUGGCCGCUGUCAUGGUUGUGCUCUUGGGACUCGAACUGUCCACAUUUGAGGGAUCAAGGACCAUUUAUGGUAACUGUGCACACAUUGAGAAUACACGCAUGCUGUUUGCAAUUAUCAUAACCGUAUAUGUCGAGACUGCCAUUCUCUGUGGCUGCUUUCUCCUUGCCAUCUGGAGGACAUACCGCACGCAGAAUGUCGCCCGCGUGACUAUCAGGACUCCAGAGGAAAACAACACUCGCACCUGGGAGAUCCUUACGAAGGAGGACGACGGCCUUAACUCUCGCCGGGGGUGGUGGGAUUAUGUGCCUGAGGUGCAGUCAUAUCCUGCUGAGCACACAACCUUACCCGGUAUCAUCAAAAGGCUUGCGGAAGCCUUCCUUGCCUGGGGAGCUUCCCAUCCCUCAACCUCCCCGCCCGCAUGUUCAGAUGAUGAAUGGCAGGUACCCUUCCCAACCGUCCAGGACCAAUCCGCAAAAGCACCCUGGGGCGUGUCGUUGUCGCCCUAUGUCGCGUUCACUCGGUUCAUUGCGAAGUUGGAUUAUGCACUUUUCCCGUCUGGAGUUGCGCAAGAUGUUGAGAAACGAGGUAGGGCUACUCUUCACAGUCUAAUCAAGGGGCUUAUCGGGUCUCAGAUCCUGCUCGGUGUGGAAGGAUGGAUCAUUCUCGAUUGGAUCUUUGUGACGCUUUUCACCAUGCAUAGCUUUGAGCGAGUGGUCCAUCGUCACGAACUCGAAGCGGUCCUCCAACACCCAGCCGCAUGGGACAGGAUCCUGCACAGCGAGACCGAUCAUGCAAAAGUCUUCUUCGAGAAACGCUCGCGACGCUCAAAAUCGCCCAAAGUCCGCACGGGGUCUGCGCUGCGCCCCCGGCAUCGAGAAGAGCCUUCUGACGAUUUUGACGCGAGCAUGCACACGGCCUUCGACCCUUCCGCGGACACAUCCAUGUCUCCAUUCACGAUUGCGCCACGGCUGAGCGCGCACUCUCCCUAUAAGGGAUCACCCUCGUCUUCCCUACCGUCGUUCCACGUGCAUUCCCCGUCCCCAUUCGGUAGCCGCCCAUACUCUUGGGAUUCCGCCGUCUCCCUCCCGCCUCCAUCCAUCCGCGAGGAAGCCAUCCCGCCAGACCAGAUGCGCCCGUCGACAGCUCCUGCAGACGCACGGACACGCUGCGACGAGCGCGCGUUCACCUUUGGCGAGCCUCUUCACGUACGAACAUACGAUAUCGAGCCCGCACAUCAUUUGGAUAGUACACAUAGUAGUCCUAGUAGUAGUAGUUAGCUUACGCACGCUCUGUCGCUUUGUGUACCUCGUUCUCUGAUUCACGCAUAUGUGUACUAUACCUGCAAUUUGCUGCUUCGAUGGCACGGCUGUAUGUAUUUCUCCACGAUGACCCCGCUAUUGACACUGCAUACAAUCAUAGAAUAC